AUCUUGGUGCAAUAACACACACUAGACAUAUACACAUAUAUAUAUCUACAGUUGCCUAGUUGAAAACUCUGCAGAGUGUCGUGGUAUUCGAGCUUGUCUGUAGCCGAGCCUUCUUUUCUUUGGAUAAAGCCCGGAAGUUACAAGGUGACACGGAUACAUCUUCGAGCUUCUUCUGCUGGAAAUGGAGCAUAAAUACAUGGAGACCGACGGCGGCGGCGGAGAUUCCUCCGGCGCGGCGGCGACGACGAGGAGGAUGAGGCGGCGAGAGAAGCCGUACAGGGGCAUAAGGAUGCGAAAGUGGGGCAAGUGGGUAGCCGAGAUUAGGGAGCCGAAUAAGCGGUCGCGAAUAUGGCUCGGCUCCUACUCCACCCCCGUGGCGGCGGCACGGGCCUACGACACGGCCGUGUUCUACCUCCGCGGCCCCACCGCAAAGCUCAAUUUCCCCGACCAAGUCGUCUCCGCCACAGCGGGCGGCGGCGCGUCGGACCUCUCCGCCGCCGCUAUACGGCAGAAGGCGGUCGAGGUCGGCGCCAGAGUCGACGCUCUCCACACCAACGCCGACCGGAAGAUCGAUCUCAAUAAAAGCCCGAGCCCGGGCCCGAAUAGCCCCAUUCUGGGCACUGCUGAAUAGCACUGGAAAUAUAUAUAAUUAAUUAAUUAGUUAUCUGGUCAAAUAAUGCUAGUAAUAAAAAUAGUUUAGAAUUAUUAUUAUUGCUACUGUGGGGUAGAAGUGAUACAAGCGGUGGCGGCAGCCGCCGUAGAGAGAAAGAGAGUGCACUCCACCGCCAUUUGACUACGGAGUGUCUUAUUUAUUUUCAUGUCAAAAGGCUGUCUGUGCAAGGGCAAAGUAAUAGUUGACCUUUUUUUUUUUUUUUUUUG